GAUCAAACCGAUCAGGCUGGAGUGAAGGUUAGCAAGGCUCUGAACCUCUGAUCGAAAAAAAAAAAAAAAAGGAAGAAAAAAAAAAAUGCCGUGAACAGAAUGCUGCAGCUGUCGCCCCUUCAUGCCUCGCCAGUGCCAUGUGCGUGCGUCACUGUCAGGCAGCCAUUAAAAGUGCAGGUGCUGUCUGGCGCAUGAUCAAAUUGCCAGAGUUUUCUUCUGGUCCAGUGAUUCCGCCACGCAGGAACGGACGGGAAGUCCGGAGACUAAGAACAAACCAAAGUGCUUUGACGGGGGCUGUUUCCCCCUUCUUUUCAAACCUUUCAAAUCACACUGGAUGUCAAACGCCUCCCAUUCACGCAUAGUUUGCACAGUAAUUGGAAGUGAUGCUUGAUGUUGUGUGAGGCUCACAUGCUGUAAUGGUUGAUGCUGAUCUCACAGAUUCACCCGCUGUCUCUGUAUUGGAGACACAUACCGAAUCCUGUGAGAGGCAGCCAGUCAUGGAGGACCACAGCGGUCCGCGAGUGGCCAACUAUUUUGUGGUGGCUGGCCUGACUAAGGAUUCGCGGCCACUGGAAGAGGAGAUACAGAGUGAAGGGCAACGGAAGCCGUCCCGAUCCUUGGCCCCAAUCACUGAUGUGGCCAUCAUCAUUCGAGGUCAAGGAGAAAAGCCCCCGCAGGGCUUCACAGUCAUAGAGACGACACCCUCUGGUUUCGUCGCCGACCUCAACCAUGGGAGUAUCGGCAGCUCGUCCAUCUUCCUGUGCUACAAGAGGGGCUUCGACAAGCUCCCCCUCACAGACAUCGGGAUCCUUCACGAGGGCAAGGAGCGGGUGAUGCCAGGCUGUGAGAUUGUCAGCACCACGCCCAACGGCAACCCGGCCAAUGUCAACACCCGCAUCGGCAUGAGCAGCCAGCGGGCCUAUCUGACCUACCGCCGGGCCUCCGAGACCUCUUCCCACAACUCCCUGGCGGUCAUCGACAUCUGCGUCAUCUUCACCAACAAGGGUGAAACGCCACCACAUGCCUUCUGUCUGAUUAACAAGAACCUGAACAAAGGCAGCAUGGUAGGGUCGGAUGUCUACCUCUGCUACAAGAAAUCAGCCGUCAGAGGCAACUCGUUGGCCUAUCAGUCAGGAAUUAUGAGCCGCUACCCCCUGGUAGACGACGAGGAGUUCCCCCUCCCGGAGUCUGUCUCCAGGUUUUGCAUGCCCCUGGGAACCACCAUAGAGUGCUGGUCCACAGCUCGUCACCAUCCACUUCCCGUCUUCUCAACGUUUGUCCUAACAGACAGCAGUGGAGGAAAGUUUUACGGCGCAGCGGUCACGUUCUACGAAGGUUACCCAGAGGAGAAGCUGACCUUACAGCAGCAGAAGGACCUGGGCCUGAAGGUGGGCAAGAAGAACAGCGUGAAGCUGACGUACAGCGUGCACACCAACAAGUGCAUCUGUCUCCUGUCUAGGUGGCCCUUCUUUGACGCCUUCAAGAAGUUCCUGAGUUUCAUCUACAGGCUGUCGCUCUCUGGUCCCCACACGAUACCUAUCGAACGGCAUAUUGCCCACUUCAUGAACGAGGUCCAAUUCCCCACUCCACAGAGACCAAGGAUACUCAUGGAGCUUGGUCACGACUCCCUGAUCCUGGCCCAGCCCCAGACUUCCCCCAUGCCCCUCAGCGGUGCCUCCUUCUGCGCCAUGCUGCGCAACCUGGCGCCGGACAACAGCAUGAACAUGCUCGCGUUUGUGCUGCUGGAGCACAAGUUGCUGUUGCACUCCCUCCGGCCGGCCCUGCUCACCGGCGUGGCAGAAGCAGUUGCUGCCAUGAUCUUCCCAUUCAUGUGGCAGUGUCCCUAUAUUCCCCUGUGUCCUCUCAGCCUGUCAGCUGUCAUCAGUGCUCCGUUGCCCGUCAUUGCCGGUGUCGAUUCACGCUACUUUGACAUGUAUGAGCCCCCCACGGACGCUACGUGCCUGGAUAUAGACACAAACAGCAUAUUGCAGUCAGAGGAGAGGAAGCCUGUGACAUGGAAAAUCUUGCCAAAGAAACCAGCCAAGCGUCUGCACAGCACGCUGACGAGGCUGUAUUAUGAGCUGUGCGAGUCGGGAAUUGGUGAUGGGGUGUCAGAUGAACAGGUGGUUGAGGUGGCGCCGCUGGAGGUGGACUUCAACCGCAAGAAGAAACAGUUACAAAUGGAGCACAGGAUUCAGGAGGCCUUUCUAACCUUCAUGUCGUCCAUGCUGAAAGGCUACAGCCAUAACCUUCUCCCCAUCACCCAACAGCCCAACCACAGAGUCACCGACGCCAGUGCUCGCUUUGACUAUCCAGGUUUUAUGAAGACUAGGGAGAAGACCUCCCAUCCUUUCUUCAAGCAGUUCCUGAAGACGCAGAUGUUCAUCAAGUUCAUCGAGGAGCGGUCCUUCAUAUCGGGCAACGAUGAGCGAUUUGCCUUCUUUGACGAGUGCAUCAACAAGCUUGAUAAUGACAUCCGAGAGGAGGUUCAGCUCAUCGAUGUUGAAGAUCAGCAGGGCAGUGAGCACACUGUAUACGUCACCCCUCCCGAUGCCAGUGGCUUUGGAAACGAGGAGUACACGUACGACAAGUUCCCACUCUUGAGAACAGAGCUGUUUGACCCCACAUCGGGGCGUAAGCAGCCUAUCAAGACCCCUGUCAGUGCUCGAGGUCUGCGAGGCAGCGGACAGCAGAGCAGCCCUUUCCCAAGGAGGACCAAGCACGAGAUCAGGAACUCUCAGAGGAUGGCCAAGCAGCAGGCUGCGUCGCCUGAGCAAUGGGCAAGUUUUCUGUUGGGCCAAUGUUACGCCCUGUGGUUCCUCCAUCUGCCUUCCUACGUCAAGGCCACCCAUUCUAAGACCAGGGCGCUGAGAACGGCAUUUGAGGUGCUCAAGAGGAUGCAAGCACAGGAGCUCCAGCUAGCAGACGAGGUAUGCUAUCGGGUUCUGAUGCAGCUGUGCGGCCAGUACAGCCAGCCGGUCCUCGCCGUGCAGGUCUAUAUGGAGAUGAAGAGACGAGGCAUUGAGCCCAAUGCCAUUACUUACGGCUUCUACAACAUGGCUGUUCUGGAGAGCACGUGGCCAGCGUCUGGCUUCAGUGGCUACCAGCAGUGGGUCAAGCUGCGCAACACCCUGCGAGCGGUCACGCUAUUCCGGCGCGGCCUGAACCACCGCCGCAGCAUCUACUCGGACACCAGCAGCGAGGUGGACGUGGGCAGCGGCACCAGUGGGGACAGUGGGUCCUCGGACCCUCUGCCAGACGGGAGAGGGGAUGACCUGAUCCAGCUGAUGUCCUCGCAAGCCACCAACCUGACCCGGGAGGAGAAGAGUAGUACUGGCAACUCAGACAUGGGCUACAGCUCCAUGAUCAUGGAUGAGUCGGCACCCAACGAGGUCCUGGCCUCACCUGAGCUCUCCCCCAUCCGGUUCAGCGCCGAGAGGAGCACCGGCAGCGACAGCGAUGCCAAGGAGGUGACGGACGGCGAGGAGAAGGAAGAGGAGGUCGAAGGUUACUCCCAGGACACCCUAAAACGCAAAGACCGCAGUGAGGCCAUCGACCUCAUGAAACAUGAUGCAGCUGAAAUUGUUGGCGCGAGAAGCGCAACCUCCACCCCAGUGAAUCACAGCCUGGACUCAACCGCAGACAGCAGCAACAAGUCCAGCAGUAGCCAGCCAGCUGACCAGCCGGACGCCAGGGGCACCAAGGAGUCAGGCAUCAGCAUUGUCCGGCACUCGCGGGGCAGUGUUGGAAGCACAGGGAGCAUGGGCACCCUGCAAGGAAGCACUGGGAGUUCAGCAGGGGUGGUUCUAGGUGGUCCCCUGUCCCUGGAGAACUCUGUGGAGGAGAGUGUGUUUGAAGGUGUAGACACCAAGGAACCCGGCAGGGACUCGUCAAGUGAGCGGCGUCGACAUCGGAGUGCUGACCACUCGGUCACCAUCCCCAUGCAUGGCUCGCUGCACAAGCGCAACAAGAGCGGGGAUGCCAACAACUCGCCCUUUGGCCUGAGCCUGUCCAGCCAGGGCAGUGUCGACCGGGAGUCCAGUGUCUCCAUGGAGCUGUUUGGCAGUGAUGCCAAGAUCCUGGCCGGCAUAGCGGAUGAUGAGACUUCCAUUGCAACCUCUUCACUGGGAAACAGAACUAACAGUAUUCACUGUCGGCCUUCCCCGACCUCCGUGGAGGUCACCCGUGCACCUCGUUCUUACUCGGUUGGAAGUAAGCCUGAUUUUGUGAGCCAUAGGACGCCAAAUGGGAGCAUCUCAAACAAGGAGCUCACAAAGCUGUCUGAUCAAACAAAGGCAGUGCGGGGUGAGAGAAUUCCCUUCUCUGUGCCUGCCAAGGACUGCAAGAAGGACCUGCUGAUUUCCUUUGAGGAGGAAGGCUUGGAAGAAACAGAGAGCCAAAAGGAAGCUCUAACGAACCAUGAAAGGACAAGCUCAAAUGACGGCAGUGCUGACUUGCUCGGUUUAGGGAUGGAUACCAUCAGGGAUUCCACUGUUAGUGCAAAGGAGACAGAUCUGGUAGAUUUGAGGACUGAUUGGAAUGAUACCAUUGAAGAGGAGAACAGUGAAGAGGUAGCUGCUGAAGAUGCUUUAAAUUCCAGGACUACACGGCAGGAAGAAGAUGGACCACUGGAGGAGGCCCCCUCCUCUCCCAUUUUCCAUGGUGACAACCUAGACUCCAACAGCUCCAAGUCAGGCUCGAGGGACAGCCUGGACUCCAACAAGGAAAAGGUCACCCCACGCAAGGGCAGCCUGUUCUCGGGGAUCCUCACCACGGGCUUCACCCCCCGCCUCAACCGCCAGUCCCUCACCAAGACCCUCAGCAAUGCCUCCUCUCAGAUGGAGACUUUCGGCUCGGCCUUCAAGGCCAGGACCAUGGGAUUCGCCACCAAGAUCGGGGAGUACACACGCUCCUUCUCAUCCCCGGCAGCCCCCAAGCCCAUCCCCUCCAGGAACUCAGCCAUGGGAAGCCUGAACAGUCUGGAAGGCAUGCCGCAAAUGGAAGAUAACUCAGAAAUGGGUAGCUCCUGGAAUGAAUCUGCUAUGGACAGUGUAUCCCUGGGAAAUAUGGGUAUUCACCUUCCAGGAUCCUCGUUAGAAGGGAGCUGUCAGUCAUUAAACCAGCCCGGUCAGGACUCGGAAGAUGCUGGGAUACGUCGCCACGCUAUCGAGGUGCACAUCACUAGCUGCUACCAGUGCUUCAGCUGUCAGGCUCUGCUUUACGACGAAGCCGUCAUGGCAGGCUGGUCGGCGGAUGAGUCCAACCUGAAGACAAGGUGCUGUUUCUGCAGUGCUCAGCUGGUACCCUUCCUCAAUAUUGCCAUGCGGGACUUCCGCAAUGAGGCGGUCUGCACCAUCACCACCAGCCCGUCCUCCGAGAGCGUGCAGAGUAUACACUCGGCCCCACUCCUCAAGCGAAAGGACAGCGGCGCCCAAAGCGGGGAGGAGCUCGGGCAGGCCAAGAAGGAGGUGGAGUCCAACCCCAGCGUGGAUAACCUCUCGCUGGAGGAAGAGGACGAAGAGGAGGAAGAAGAGGCAGAGCAAGAUGAGAAAGAUGGUAACCUCCCGUCUCGCACCAAGUCGGACAAGCCGGGGCCGGUCACCAAGCUGCCAGUGGCCCCUAGCCUGUCAGCUGGAGAGGUGACCCUGAGGGGUGAGCUGCAGUCAGCCAGGAUGUCCCCGAUGUCCACCCGGCGACGGUCAUCCAGCGAGUGUAUGACGGUAACGGACCUUGCUGCUAAAGGUCACACCAAUGGUGGGCGUGCCAUGACCCUUCCACGCUGCAAACCCAUCGAGGAGUUCAAGGACCUCCACCAGGGCUACCCGGGGCUGUCGACUGGCAGCCUGGCCUCCAGCGCCCGCGCUUCCACCGAGUUCAUGCCCCCACCCAGCAAGGAGUGCAAGGUGGGGCCCAUCUCGGUACCCUACCUCAGCCCCCUGGUGCUGCGCAAGGAGGUGGAGAACGUCAUCGAGAACGAGGGCGAGGCCUGCCUGCGGGCUCCGAGCUUUGUGGUCCAGCACCCUAUCAUCUUCUGGAAUUUGAUUUGGUACUUCCAGAGGUUGAAUUUCCCCAACUACCUUAAAGGAGUACUGCUGGCAGCAUACAGCGAAAGCCGAGACAAUACUGACUACGUCCAGUGGUUGUCCACAGACUCGCGCUAUGUUAAAAUCAGUGUCCUGUGGGACAACGUCAAAUUGUACGACGACAGCGUGCUGCCGAUGUACCUACUCUAUGGAACCCAGGGAACACUCUCUCUGGACCCUCUCAUCAAAGAUCAACAGAUAUUCUCCAAACCGUUCAUGAUUCAGCUGGUCAAGUACAUCCGUUACAACAACGUGUAUCAGCCAAUCAUUCUCCUGCUGGAAGAGUUCAAGAAGCUCGGGGAGAACACGGCGGCCAGACGCAGUAUUUAUCGGGAACUUCUCUUUUUGUCCUUUGUGGCCCUAGGCCGAGAGAACAUUGAUCAAGAUGCCUUCGACCAGCAGUAUCGCCAGGCCUUCUACAAGCUGGAGAAAGAGAACGGGCCCUUCGGCAAGCUGCUCAUCACUGAUGACAAACCGCCCCCCUUGUCGGUCCAGAUGUGCAGGAAGGCGUUUGGGGACCUGUUACUGUAGCGAGUGACGAAAUGCUGACGCCAUAAGGAGAGCGUUACCUCUCUGGAUGAAAUCUUCGGAAAGAGGUUGUUACACUUUGAUGAAAACCGCUUUGGCUUGUAGUAACGCCGGGCUUUAAGAUCCUUUUGUAGUAUUAUUGAUUGUACUGUUUCCACAUUUAAUUGAAUUCCACAAGAGAAAAAGAAAUUGAAACAACACAUCCAGAGUUUUUGUAAUAAGAUGAAGGAACAUCAUUAGCUGUCCAUGCUGAAACCCGUAGACACUUUAAAAUUUAUCAAUAUUGGGAUUUCCCCCAACAGGCAGAUCUAAAAACGUGUCAAAAAAGAAGAAUGACUGGUUCCUUUGGGCCGUUCCUGGUUGAUUAGCUUUAUCUGCUUGCCAUAUUCACACUCCAGAAGAAAUUGAAAUGGAAUUCCUCAGUGUUAAAGCACGGAACGAAUUCUGGCCUUGAGGUUUAUGCUGAUGGUUUCUUGGUAGACUUCUUCCUUGACAGGUUCAGACUAGAGCCCCGGGCGGUUACACUGCAUGAUGCUUUAAAGCUGAUUGUCAAAGAUUGGGAAUUUCUUGGGACUUUGUUGAAGACAAGGAGGUUUUUUCCUCCAGUGGAACGUGCUACACGUGCAUGUAUGAGUUUCCUCUAUAGUCGGUGCUGAUUUUCAGUUCAUCUUAAUGUAUUUUGCCUGUGAAGAGGAUCAAAGCAGAUUGUCGCUGUCACGUGAUAGAGUCCCUUACGUUUACUUCCAGUUAUUCCCUUAUGGGAGGCUGCACAACGAUUUCAAAUACGAGUAACAGGGGAUGUGCAAGCACUUAAUUCGUAAAGAAUUUCUUUUUCACAUCACGGCUCUCAACAGGAGUAGUUUUCCUUUUCCUGAAAGGGCAUGCUGCUUUUAUACUGCUCUUUCAAGUAAGAAAGCCAAAUUAAUUUAAUCAGAGAGUAAAUUGUGCCUAUUAUAAUGUGAUGAUAUGUUCACAUCCAGCAUCAGUGGUGUAAUGGGGGAGGGGGCUGGCCCCACUCCAUCCCUAUGCUUGAGGCCUGACACCCCCCCCAAGAAAGCCUUAGUCAGAGUUUUGACUGUGACCGAAAUCACCGAAUCCAUUGAGUGCCCCCCUCUAUGGAAUGAGGGCGCCCAGGUGCCCCCCUGCAAACCUAUUCCAGUCAUGCCACUUUUUGGGGCUGGAAUAAGAAAGAGUAAAAAAAAAAAACUACUUGGAUUCAUUUCAAAUGCUUCGAGUGUAAGGUGUGCAAAAAUGCAGGCUGGGCUAUGUGGCCCUUGGGUCCUUGACACGGCUCAGCAUGUUACCUUGUGUGUGAUUGGCUGUGCCGUGUGGACUGUGAUUGAUACUACAUUUUGAUUGGAUGAUUGGUGGUAGAAGAAAGCGCCACAUGGCUGAGGGCCAAUUCCUGUGAAUUUGUAGGGUUUUCCCCUUUUAUGUACAAAUAUUUACUUGUUUUCUCUGUAUAUGAUGCCUGUGGAAUACAUAACUGGAAUCCCCAAGAUACAGAGUUUUGUAUAUGAGAUAAAUCUUUAAUUCAAUCGAGAGUUGCAUGAUAUUUGUUCAUCUUUAUAUCAAUUGUUAUUUUUUGUUAUGCUCUUUUUCCUGAUAUCGAAUCGGAAAUAUCUUCUGGUAACUUUUACCAAAAUUUUUCUGUUUUAUUGCAGGGUGUGCUUUUAUCAAAAGAAGAAUAUUUUUCCACAUCCGGGUUAAUUUGUGUUAUCUUUUUAUUUCUUCAUUACUAUAAAUAAAUUUCUCCAUUACUAUAAGAUAAAAAAUCCACACUUUCUAAGAAAAAUAUUAGUCUGAAUAGUUUUAAAAAAAUACUUCAGACAAAAGCCAAAUAUGCUGGCUAUACUGCGAGCGUGUUGGUGUCAUUUUCAAUUUGCAAACUUUUGGAGCCUGCGUGGAAACCGAUGUGCCGCGAAUUAUCCCGAUAAUCAAAACUGGCAGUGACGCGCUAAUCAAUUAAGAAACAACCCGAAGCAGGUGCGAUGUCAGCUCCAGGGAGGGGAUGGUGGAAGGUGCGGGGGGGGUUGGGGGAGUAAGAAGCUACCUGUAACUCUCACUCGACGCCUACUGGUUGACCUAAGAUUUCUGGGACGAGCUGAUGAGAUGGGACAUUCCCCCAAACGUGGACUCGGGAGGGAGACGGGAGUUGGGAGUUAGCGGGGGUGGACGACAGUAUUGAUAAGGGUUGACGAUUGACUAGAGAUUGACUAGAUGGUAGGAAAUGCUGUAAGCUGUGAAAGCGGUCAGUGGUGAGGUAACAUAAGGCCAACAUGAAUAGAAUGAGAAACUCGCCAUUCUAAACAAACUUGAGGAACUCCAUUGUUUUUCAAUUGACCCAUGCAAGCGCAUAUUACGAGCUGUGUAUUGAAGGGGAUGUUUUUAAUUUGAGAAACCGUGUGUUCUCCAGUUUAUUGGGUUUUUUUGGUGUGUUUUAUCAUCAGAAGCUCAAACAUUUAUUUUUUUUAUUUUAAAGUGAAAGGACCGGAACAAAGUGAGCACAGAACAUACUGAGCACGCCGUAAUGAGUGCAUAUAGCAUAUCAGUUUUCAAUAGCACGUUCUGCGUGUGUUACAUUAUUUUAAAUUGGACUCUUCGACCACAGGUCUUGUUAAUAUUUUCUGAAAAUCAGUCUGUGAGACGUUGAACGAACCUUUUAAUUCUCUUUCACUCCAUUUUUGUACCCGUCGAAAUCAGCAUAUCGUCAUGAUAUAAAUGCUUCCAGUAAUAAUGUGCCAACAAGAAUGUUCCGUAGUCCUUUAUAACCCACUCGUUUAUAUAUAUGUACACGAAGUUGUAUUAACUUUUAUGCUAUUCGCUCUGUUGCAAGGAAGCCGGCAAAAUGAUCAUGAAGCGGCUAUCCUUGAUAUUGACAAGGAGUUUAUUGCACCGGAGGUUGAGUGAGAAAUCACACUUUUAACGUGACCCCUUUUUAGAAGAGAGAUGGAAAGUACAAGUGUCAGUUUUGAAGCUUGCCCAGACGGGAAGUCUAUCUUGAUUUUGAUAUUUAAGAGCUUUGCUUUAUGGUUUUAGUUUUGGACUUAUUCCCCCACGGUUUAAAUAGAAUGUUUGUGCCUUUGAGGAAAGCGGUGGCAAGCCAGGAGGUUGAAUUGGGCAAAGAAAAGUCGGUGUAGCAUUUUAAAAAUCGGUCAUACCCCAACACGAAGUUGUCCUUAGAUCCAACUUGACUUGUAGGUGAAGCCCAUCCUUGCUGUAGCUGAUCUUCGCGUUAAGCACACCUCCCCCACCUACGAUUGUGAAGUUGCCCUUUAACGGACCGACAGCGAGUGUUAAUUUUUGUGACGCGAUUAGCGGGUCUUUUGUCCGUUCCAUACAGCCAUUUCCGACAGGUGGAACGGGAAGCAUAACAACCGUUGACCGUCACUGACGCAAUGCCUGUCAGCGGAACAAACCAAGGCUCACCACAGCGUGGCGGUAGCUUAGUUGGUCUUGCCACGUGUUCAUAGAAAGGCGAGGCAUUGCAAAGAGUCGUGCGUAAUCUGGUGUUUGUCACAGAUGGAAGGAAUCCCAAACGGAGCACUUACAAAAGUGCUGUGUUUUGAUCCCAAUCCCCAGUUAAUUGGGGUGGGUGGAGGGUGGGAGGGUCGCCGAUCGACAAGUCAGUUUCUCACCCGAUGAAUUUCUCAGUAAUAUUGGUGUGGUGGGAGUGACGGCGCGUUGUUCCAGUGAUGCGGUUAAGUUCUUCAUAGGGCGUCGUAACCAUUGAGUUAAUUUCCGUAUAAUAUGUAUGUGCAAUUUAGUCUCCAUGUCUGACAAAUUGUCCGCAUUUUGUGCCGCCAAACCUGUAGGCACGUUAUUCAUUUAUUUAAUACCGCAGCAGACGCUGCACACAGACAACAACAGGCCUGUUAUUCUCGGCAUUUUUGCCUAAAAACCCAAUCGCAUAUUUUGCGAUGAUCAAGUCUCAGUUUUUGAAAAAGGGAUGUUAACAUAUUUAUGUCAUUGAUCUUCCUUUCAACUGUUUUGUAAUUACAACAAUGAACUUCGUUAAAUUGUGAUACUUAUGCUAAUGGAAUUUAUUCGAUAAUUUUCGUUCAUUUAGUUGUAUAUUGAGGGUUCAGGAUGCAGAUAUUUUUUUUCUUGCCGUUUGUUUCCACCGUAGAUGCGAAACACUGCAGCCCGAGUGGUGGUGAUUACAGGUUUUUUUGAUUAUUCUGAAAUUCCUAACAUGGGGAACUGUAAAUUAAUUUCUUGCAUUUUUAUUUCCAGUCCUACUGCCAGAAUGUGUACAUUUUGUUAUGUAUAGUGAGGUCAUUGUACAACUGAUUACUAAAACCAUGUCAAAUGUAACUUAAUAUGAACAUAAUUUGGAAAGCAAAAUUUCUGAUGUAUUAUAUCGAUGUUUCUAUGAUCUCCGUGACAUAUCAACCCAUACCAACCCAUGUACAUUAAUCUCCAGUGUUGUGUUAAUACUUGACAUGCCUAUACUGGUCAAGUUUCAUUGUCACGUAGCCUUCGUUAUCAGCCGUUUGUGUAUCCGAAUCUGUCCAUGUGAACUGUCCCGCUCUUUGUCUUGUAAAUUGAAAUAAACUCUCUGUGACAUUAGUAACCAACAAUAAUGUCAAACUACUUCCGAGAAAUACUAAGAAAACUUUAAAUAAAGGUCAAAAAUAUUUCAA